AUUAGGUACAUUUUGAACUAUCUUCGAAAUGGCGAGCUCCUUUUCCCAGAAAACAAAAUUCUCAGGAAAGAACUACUUAACGAAGCCGACUUUUAUCAGAUUCAAGGGAUAAUCGCUCAACUAAGUGAAAACCUAACCAAACUAUCCAAAAUAAUAAAGAAUGAAGAUCAUGGCUUCACUGUCAUGUCAUGGUUGCCUCCUUGUGCUUCUUGUACCUUGCUGUUCCGAGCCAGGAUCGACGGAAAGACUGCUGCGGACUUUCACCGUUACUGUGACAACAAAGGGCCUACUCUUAUAGUAAUACAAAGUGGAGUAUAUAUCUUUGGCGGCUACACAUCAAAGUCAUGGACAUCACGUAUGUGCUCCAUCAAUUUGUAAAAUAUUUCAGACUUAAGAUUUAUACCAGUAGAGAUAAACCUUGUCACUUGGGUGUACAUGGCGUGCAUCAUCAUUAUCAACAUCGUCAUUAUCGUCAUCAUCAUCAUCAUCAUCAUCAUCAUCAUCAUCAUCAUUAUCACCAUCACCAUCGUCAUCAUCAUCAACAUCAUCGUUAUCAUCAUCAUUAUCGUCAUCAUUUUAAAGGGGCUGUGUCACGGCAGUCCAGUUCAUUUUGUUUAAUUUUGCCAAUUACUCGCCCUCAAUCGCUAUGGAAAUCAAAGUAAGCAAAGAAAUUACAUGUAAAUGACAAAAUCAGACAUCCGAGACAAACAAAUAUGUCUCCUGAGCAUUAUUUUUGAAGUUGCAAGCAGCAUGGAUCAACUUUGAAACACUGUUAGGCUGAACAGUUUUCAAAACCCCUAAUUUUAAUCCGUUUUAAUCUUCUUCAGUUUUGCCCAUCCGUGGCAUCUGGUGAUUCUGUUAUGUUAUUUUAACCUUCCUUUAAAGUUUUAAACGGUUAUUUUUAUGUUUCUCUGAUCUUAAUUUGACUUGCAUUUGUAAUUUCCUAAUUUGGCUGAAUUUCAUGACACAGCGCCUUUAAACGGUAAAUGCCCAACAAAAGGAUUUCGGUUCAGGAUUUUCGCUCUUUUGUAAAGGAAACAAAACUCUACCUAAAAGAGCAAGUACUAUUUUUUUUUUCUUAGGAAGAUUAACAUCGAUUAUAUUCAUAUAAACCAAGCAACGCAGUACUACAUUGUUGAAACUGAGAGGGAUUGGUAUCAUUCAAUCCAUCCAUCAAUCAAUCAAUCAUCAAUUACUUUUAAUUUCAAUUAACAAUUCUAUUAUUGAUCAAGUAUAAACUAUUUUUCCUGAACUGCAAACUAAUAUCCAUUGUAUACAAGGUUUAGAAAAUCUCCUAAGCAAUUUCUUUUGAAAUGUUGGUGCUUAGGUGUGGGGGGAAGAGGGCUUGCAUUUUGGCUGUUUUAUUCAUUUAUUUAUUGUUUAUUGUUUAGCUUCCUCCUUAAUCACCUUUGCUGACACUGACUCCUUCUUGUUUACACUGGUCAAUCCUGCUGGGAACCAACCGGUAAAGCUUACCUCAAAACCAGGUGGCGGAAUACGAUGCUGUAGUGGUAGGGGACCAGCUUUCGGUAAUAAGAGCUACUACGACCUCAAAAUUUGGGACGGAAAUCAAGCAGGUUACCUUGAUCUCGGCUACGGUUUCAACUUUCCCAGUUCCGAGAACAAAACAGGAUACUUCACUGGCUCUGACGGUUUUGUGGUCACGGAAUUAGAAGUUUAUAAAGUG